AUGGCGGAGGAGGAAGGCGAUGUGGAUGAGGAGGACGUGUUCCUGGCGUUUGCCCGGCGUCCCUGUCCUCCCAGGGGUCUCCUGCGUCGGGCCUUGGACAAGGCCUUCUUUAUAUUCCUGGUCCUCAUCCUGAUGCUACUGACACUGGAGGCUGUUUUUAAGCUGCUGUGGCUGCUACCAUGGGCAAAGUUUGGGGACUGGCUCCUGAGAACACCUCAGAAGGAGGAAGAGCUGGAACUGUGACCACCUUUCCUAUAAACAUUCUCUUCCCCUGUGACAGAGCUUUCCCAGACGAAGAGGAAGGAACGAUUCGAGACCCAAGGUAUUUCACGAGUCUCACUUCGUCUGCUAGCGUCCACAGCGGCAAUCUGCACAGAUUCUUCAACCCUCACUCCACCUCCCCGCCCCCCGCCCCCCGCCCCAUAUCGCCGUCCUAAGGCCCUGGAGCUCCUGGACAAAGGACGGCCUCCAGUUCAUCACCGCCUGUACCUUGCGGACCCUUGCCAGAAAAGAAUGGAGAACCACCUAGCUCCCACCUACUUGGUUGGUCAUUUGUUCCGUGGAGGCGCUUAAAGAGGAAUCAGUAACAAUAGCAAUAAUAAUAACAACACAUUUGUAUA